CUCGUUUCGACUUGUGCAUUCCUUCAUCCUUCUUGCAACUCUAAUCUUUUAUCAUCAAUAGUUACAAACUUUGCCCGAAUGGUCACUACAAGGUAAUUGCACAAAUAGUGGAUGCAAGAUUGCCGGACACAAUAACGGCAUGUCUGCAGUGCCACCCUCCCGAGAUAAUUCCGGCAUCAAAGAUGAUGAUCGAAACGGUAAAGGCUCGCGAGAGAAUGGAAUGAGAGAAUCAAGUCAAAGCAGUAGAUCAUCUUACGGAAAUGAUCGUCAGUAUGGCGGCUACAAUGAUGCUUAUCGAUCCGGGCAGUAUCGAUCUCAGCGGAACGAUUACCACAGAUCACAGGAGGAUGUCUAUCGGCCAACCUACUCUGAUGACGAAAGGAGAGAAAGAUGGCCUGCUUCAUACAAUGAAUCCGGACAUAGAAGACAGCACGAAAGCAGCUACAAUGAGCGAGAAAAGUAUAGAGAGGCACAACGUCGAGAUCAUCAUUCAGAUCGCUCAGGCAGCCACUUGCGCAGUCCUAGACGAAUGGACGAAAGUGCUGAUAGUAGUAGAACAGCACCGCCGUACGAUCAAUCAGGGUCAUCGUUUCGAACUGCAUCCUUAUUCCACAUCCAAGCAAGACGUGAAGACCGGGAAACGAAUUCCAAGAGAUCUUCUAGUCCUAAUCGCAAAAGCUCCAGUAAAGGGUCAGACAAUGCUCCUGGGUCCUCUAAACCGCGAAUGCUCGUUUCACCAAAUGUCGGUCGUGAUGAACGUCUCUCAGCAAAUGGCAACGAUGAAAGACAUAGUGGAUGGACGCCUGAUUCAAGUGUAGAUAAUCACUAUAAGUCUGGAGGUUUCCGGAGAAAUGGCGUAGAUGCACAUGAAAGUCAUCGAAGGAGGCUGGAUGAAGGCGAUGAACAUUCUCCGGCAGCCAAAGUGCUCAAGCGUAAAAGCUCUCCACCCGCUGAAGCUGGAAGGGAAGAGAAUGAAAAGUCUGUCAGGACCAAUGAACAUCAUUCGCAAGAUGCCGGCAAUCAAACGGGGCACACCUCAAAAGAAGGAAGGACAACGGCGGCAUACACAGCCAAUUCAAGUGAAAGAGGUGCAAAUGACUCGAAAAGUGGACGGAUCGAAUCAACGAACUUUACUACAAAUGGCGCCAGUAGUAGUAGGCUGCCCACAGCUAAAACCAAGUAUGGUGCCUCCAUACCAGAUGCAGCGUAUGAAGCAAGGCACUCUGCAACCAUGUUGGAGCGAAAGUGUCCUUGGCCAUUUGAAGAUGGCAGCUUGCGCGAAAGAAGAAUACCAAAGAAAGAAAGACCAGCUUCAAUACCUUUAAAGAAUCGUCUAUUUUCCGGAUGUAGUUCAAUAGAUCAGUACGACGUCGGCAUCAAGCUCGGUCAAGGAACGUUUGGUGAAGUGAAAAAGGCUAGACAUAUUGUGACCGGAGAUGAAGUUGCACUGAAGAAAGUGACAAUUCAUGAAGAAAAGGAUGGAAUGCCCAUCACGGCUAUUCGUGAGAUAAAGUUGCUUAAACGUUUGCAGCAUCCAUCCAUCGUACCGAUUGUUGAUAUGGCAUACCGAGCGCCCACCGAGCGUGGUAAAGUGGGAGAAGUAUUCAUGGUGGAACCUUACAUGGAUCACGACUUAAACGGAAUGUUGGAGAAUCCAUCCAUUCAACUGAAUUUAUCUCAGAUCAAGCUAUACAUGAAGCAAUUAUUCGAAGGGACACUGUAUUUGCAUCAAAACCAAAUAUUGCAUCGAGAUAUGAAAGCUGCAAACUUGCUGAUCAACAACAAAGGUCAACUGCAGAUUGCGGAUUUCGGUUUAGCCAGACCAUAUCACGAUCCAGGCCGUGCUUGGGAUGUUGAUGGCUGGAAAGGGGGAGCACAUUCGUACACGGGAAUGGUGGUCACCCGAUGGUAUAGACCGCCAGAAUUGCUUGCCGGAGACAGACGGUAUGGUCCUCCGAUCGAUAUGUGGGGGUUGGGUUGUAUUCUAGCGGAAAUGAUUGUCAAGCAUCCGAUUUUCAAGGGCUCAUCAGAGGUGGAUCAGAUGUUGUUGAUCUCUCAAUUGUGUGGGUCACCUGAUGAAGCUAUUUAUCCAGGGUGGAAUGCGUUGCCUGGAGUCAAGAAUGCCGAUCCUAGUGGUCGACCGGAUCAAGAACCUGAUGUGCCUGGUCAACAUGAGUUUGGCAAGUACACCAGGAAUAUUGUGGAGUACUUUACGGGUCCGAAGUAUAUGGUCUCUAACGAUCUAGCAGAUCUGAUUGACAAGCUGCUGGUAUUGGAUCCAUGUAAAAGACUAACGGCAAAGCAAGCAUUGGAACAUCGAUGGUUCUGGUCGCCUCCAUUCCCGGCAGAUCCAAAAGCGAUGCCGAUUUAUCAAGCAUCGAAGGAGCUGGACAGACAAAAGAGAGAACAACAAAAGCGUUUGACUCAACCGCAAAAGCUGCCACCUUCUCAAAUGAGCGGAGGAAUGUACGGUGCUCAAUCAGCAGUAGGAAGACCGAAUCCAUCAAUGCCGUAUUCCAAUGGACGAAACCCUGGUCAACCAAUGGCGGGCGGAUAUUCCGGUUUGCCGCAAAGACCUGCGCCUGGGCCUUAUUCGGUUGGUGGUAGUGGUGCCGGCAUGUCAAAUCGUCAUCCUGGUCAGCCUUAUGGUCAACCACAACACACAUUUCAACCCGGUCCAGCUUUACCCAAACAAUCACAACCAUACAGCAAAGAUUCACGUCCGUCUAAUCCGUAUGUUGAUCUAUAAACGUUUGUAUAAAAGAAACACCCGAAAAAAAAGGAUGUCUUGUACCUACUUAAAAAUUCACUGUAUCACUAAACACACAUUGAAAGAAUGCACAACUUUUGAGGAGUAGAGUAGUAGGAUUGUUGUUUUACAGAUAUAUUUGUACAGA